UCAUCUCGGAAUCUAGCUUUCACCUCUGCCAGUUUUACAGCAGGCGAGGAGACUAAUUUGCCGCUCGGCCGCCGAGUUGUGGGACAACGUGAAGCUCCCACAUUUCACGUCCCCCUCUCCUCCCUCCUUCCUCGCAAGUUUCAUUGCUUACUCGUUUCCUAGUAUUUAUUCAAGAACCCGACAGUUCGCCUCGCGUAACCGGGCUCUCAGCCGCCGUAUCCGCGAUCAUCAUCAUGGCGAACUCCCGACUCGUCUUUCCCCCGCCAGUAGCGAUCGCGGCGCUAGCAGUGCUGGCCGCAUUGCUGCUCGCAGCGCCACGAUCGGCGGCGGACGGCGCGGCGAACUCGGACGUGCUGGUGCUGACGCCGGAGAGCUUCCACGACCAUGUGGGGGGCGACUCGGUGGUCUUCGUCAAGUUCUUCACGCCCUGGUGCGGGCACUGCCAGCGCCUGGCGCCGGAGUGGGAGAAGGUGGCGACGGCGUUCAAAGACUCGGACGCCAUCCGCAUUGCGGAGGUGGACUGCCAGGCGCACUCCGCGCUGUGCGGCAACCACGAGGUGCACGGCUACCCCGCCAUCAAGUGGUUCGGCGCCGGCCAGACAACGUCGGAAGACUAUGCGGGAGGAAGGAAGGCUGAAGCGUUUGUGGAUUUCAUCAACGGCCGAAUCGGCACGCGUGCCAAGGUGGAGUCGGACGAGCCUGAGUCGCGAGUGAGGGUGAUGACGGCAUGGGCCUUCCCGUCGGUGAUGCUGGAUGCCACCAAGCACGUCUUGGUUUACUUCUAUGACGGCGCGUGCAAGCCGUGCAAGGAAAUGACGAAGACGGUUGAGAAGCUGGCAGCAGUGUUCAAGGGCCACGACGACAUUCUCUUCGCCAAGGUGGAUGGCGACAACGAGCACAUGCUGGCGAGCAGGUUUAAAAUCGAGACCUUCCCCUACUUCAAGUUCUUCACCAAGGAGAACAAGUACGGCGAGGACCUCAAGGGCGACCCCCUGCCGUCGCUCUCCGACCUCGUCAGCUUCGUCAACAAACACACCGGCGCUCGCGAGUCGUCCUCUGGCGUUCCCCUCGAUAAGGUGGGGCGCAUUCCGGAGCUGGACGCCAUAGCUGAAAGCUUCCUGGAAGCAUCGGAGGCGGAGCGCCAGGAGAUGAUGGUUCGGGCCAUGGGGUUGGUGGUGGCGCCUGAGCUGGAGGGCCACGGCGUGUUCUACCAGAAGGCAAUGAAGAGCAUAGUGGAUGAGGGGGAGGAGUGGGUGAGCAAGGAGCAUGCGCGCCUCACCAAGCUGCUGGCAGGGUCCCUCAAGCCCGACAAGGUGGAGAAGUUCUCGGCUCGUAGGAACAUUCUGGAAGCAUUCCACAAGGCAUAGGCGGGUGGCCUUUGAGCCGCCUCAGAAGCCACCAUGUUGUUGUGGUGCUGACAUCUCACAGGAACACUGUAGAAGCAUUCAAGAAGGAUGCAGCUCAUAGUGCUGGUGACCUGUCGCUGUGACAUGAUGACUUGAUGACAUGCUCUUAGUCGAGUGCAGUGGAAUGUAGGCUGCUGUUGCUGGUCCUUCACCUUUUAGGAAUGUGACACCUUUUAGCAUCCCUUUUCCAUCUCCUGACGGCCACUGUAGACAUGCAACAC